AUGCGAGCUUCCGUGGCCGUUUUUCUUCUGGCCUGGAUUGCUUUAGCAACCACGAACGAAGAAAGCGGAGAAGACGUCCACUUCACCAACUCUUGGGCAGUCCACAUCGAAAAUGAUGACAUCGAUCUUGUAAACGAUAUUGCGAAAAAACACGGGUUUGUGAAUCAAGGACAGGUAGGUGAAAUUCUCUAGAGCUCUGUGCAAUAUUCUGGAGCACGUGAUUUUAAAAUAUAACGUAAUUCAUGUUGUAAACCAGGGCCAACUCUGCGAGAAAUUUCAAACGCUUAGUUUGUUGUUUAGUCGAGGGCAGUGUUUCCGGCGACCGGUUGUUGUGUUAUCAAAAAGAGGCAAGGUACCAGAAAUCGUGUCACGUUUUAAGGAUCAACAACCGUCAAUGAUAAACCUGCCAUUAAAAUAGAUGGUGUUUUGUUUUCCUAGAUAGGAAGUCUUCCGGGUUAUUAUCACUUUGUCAAACACUCUGUGGGGGAAAGAUCGCGCAGAAGUUUGGACGAACAUAGCGAAACAUUGUUAUCCGAGCCUAGGGUAAGAUUUCCAGUGUCUGUGUCUUUUAUCAUUAUUUGGUGUGUUGCUGGUGGAUGUUGACUAGAAGACAAUAAAACUAAUUAAUCGUAAUAUUCGCUUAUAACACAUCCCUCAUUCUACACUGAAAAAAAAAUCAUAUAGAGAAAGUUGCCAAGGGAAAUGCUUUACAAGGUGAAAAUGGUUUUCAUAAAUUUUUUGCCUGAGUAACGGCUCACUGAACCCAGGGUAACCAGCUUGAAGAGACGUGCUAAUCAUAUGGAGCGUAACUUAACCCUCAAUGAAGCAAAACAAAAAUCCCAAGUUACAUCUUCUAAAACACUAAGCAAUAAACCAUAUAGAACCAUGUGAGAGUACUGAUAAAGAAUUUUCAUUUGAAAUGUCACAUCAGAAAAAUUUGAUCACAAACUCAAGAAUCUUAGAACAACGACUAAUAAAUAGCACCAUUGAAGAGGCUUCACUUGAAUAGUCACACCAUAGGAUUUCAUCCACACUCUACAUACUAAAUAGAUAGUAGCAUGUGAAAGUACUGCUGAAGAGGUUUGACUUGAAUUGUUACACCAUAGAAUUUCAUCCAUAGACGCAAACGGUUAGAACUACACAAAAAUGUUUUGGGACUGUGAUCGUGUCGGUGUGAUUGAUUUACCGCUUCGUAACAGAAUAUUGGGAUGAGAAAUUUUAAUUUCUUAAAAGUCCAGACGCAAAAUUUUGGUCUGGUGUAUAGAGUUAGGAUUUGGAGAACUGCACGGCAACCAAUCAUUUCGAUUAGUGCUCUCUUCCCGGGCCCUCGGAUAAAUAGUGAUUAUAUCCUUAAGAAAAAGAAGAACGCACACCCUAGUAGGAAUGCAGAGUGCUUCAGACAAGAAUGAAAUGCCAACUUUUAGCUAACCAAUGAAAAAUAAAACGACGACAGCUGACCGUAAGAUUGAUGGAGUGGCACUAAUACAGAGCUCACGAAGGGCAGUUUCCCUGAAAAACUUUCGUCUGUGGGUGUAAUAAGGGAUAUAUAUAUAUAUAUAUAUACAAACUUACAGGCAUCUUAGGGCGCUUUCCAUUUGUUUAGACUCGCCGGCCAGACCGGUCAAGUUGUAAAGAAAUUUCCGCUAUUAAUCAUGACUAUCCAAUCAGAUCGGACUAUUUAUAAGUGAUAUGCUCAGCAGUGCAGGGUUUUGAGAAAAGAGUAAUGUUUUACUUUUUGACUCAGUUUUGGUCCUGUCUUAAGUUAGCAUUAUACUCUUCACAGGUGAAAUGGGUAGAACAGCAAAGGAUUCUGGAACGAAGCAAGCGUGACGUCAUUCCAGGAGAGGAUGAACUGGUGGAGAGGGCGGUAGCAAGACUGCGACGGGACACCGCUGUUACAAUACGCGAUCCUUUCUACAAAGAUCAGUGGUACCUAGUACGUACUGAAUAUUUCAAACAUAUACUUUUACAAAUGAGCAAGUGCAUCGAACUGGAAUACAAAGAUAGCGUGUUAACGGGAAAAGUCGCACAUGAUUCAUCAACAAAAGACCUUUCUUAAUUAAGUAACCAUAGAGUUAAAACAGGCCCUCUAUUAGAGAGAAUUAACGAAUGAGGGAUUGACAUCCCGAUUGAAAGACUCUGUUUGAAGGUGACUUGACUGCAUCAGUUUCCAGGGCCAAUAACUUCCAAGUUCAAGCACAAUCUACGUCGCCAUUAGCAAAGAUAUUGGAAAAUGAACACCACAGCGAUAUCAUAUAAGGAGAAAAUAUCUUUUAUGAGCACUAUUUUGCUGACAUCAAAGUUACCAAAGCAAUAAAAUGACGAUAUGAAAAAUAACAACCUUAAGUAGAUCCGUGAAAAGACAGACUCCACAGUUGCUUGGAACAAUUUGAUCUUCGAUGCUUGUAACAGCUUUGAGCUCCACAAUUUUUUCAAUUUUGUCGCGAGCUAUCCAAGUUGAGACCUUUCUGACCUUAAAAUCAUGUUCUGUGUCACUGAUCCAUGAACCAAGAUACUUGAAGUUCUCAACAGCCUCAAUUACUUCGUCGUCACGUGUUUUGAGCCCAGCAUCAACAUGAUGGUUAAAGAACAUGUAUACAUGUAUCUUUCGGUAGAGCUCUAUAUGCUGUUAUGAUAGGAAGCAAAAGGGAACCACAAAGCUUCCUUGACAUUGUGUAGUAAAUCAGACGAGAAAUAAAGAAACGAAGCAUGAACAGUUACAGACAAUCCAGUUGACCAGUCGGAAAUCGAAUCGAAUUAGUGUAGCCACCGUCAAGCGCGUGCACGCUCUUUAUGCCACCGUGACUUCUGAAAGUGGCGUGAGUUUUUAUUUUUGACCAAUCACAAAGCGUAUCAACGGCAAAGCAAAGCAACUACGAUGUAGCUUUCAGCAUUCAGUAGUGGACUGUUGUAGCUUUCCAGUAAGGGUUUCAAUUGUGAUAACUUUAACUGAUUUUGAGAAAAUUCUUCUCGUUAUUUUUUCCUCAGCAAAACAUCGGACAAUCUUCUGGUCCCCGGGGAAUUGAUAUCAACGUUUUACCAGUCUGGGCUCAAGGUUACUCCGGUAAAGGAGUAGUGGUCUCGGUCCUCGAUGACGGUAAGUUAUUUUAAAUGAAAUUUAAAUAAAAAUGUAAAAUAAGUCUUACAUAAAUUGCAUAGCGGUACAAUGAGAACAAAAAAAGAAAACAACGGAUGUUACGAUGGAAAGCUACCGAGUUAACAGAACACUUAACUGAGUUGAACUUUUAAUCAUGAACAAAGAAGAAGGGCGUAUAGUGUAAGUGUUUAGACAAACGACCCUGUAAAUUGAAACCAUCGUUUAAAUUUAUCUAUUGAAAUUGAAAUUUUGGCAACUGUAAAAGAGUUAUAAAAUCACUUUUUUGAAUUGUGCCCUUUUAUUUCGAUCGAGACCAUUUUACAAAAAAAAAAAGUACACACAAACAGCGAAAUAUGCGUGUCGAGCCUGCUUCUUUUAACAUUUUGAUUUUGUUUGCACGCCCCGUUAACCUUAAUGCUAUAUACUUAUCUUGACAAAAUGCGAACAAAGUUUCGAAAAGUUCACUUUGAGUUUUUUGUUCAGAUAAUGGCGCGAGACCGUGUUAAAAGGAAACCUAUAAUAGCUACUAAACAAGUAAUAACAAAGAUUAGGGUGUGUGGGCGAAAUCGAUCGAAGGUCAAUACGCUCUUGCUCCAAUGCUGUGCUUUGGGUAAGUUUCAAGCUUGAAGAAGAUCAAAAUGCGUGUUAUCAGAUUUAAUAAUAAUAAUAAUAAAUAAUAAUAAAAUAUUUAUAUAGCGCUUAUACUUAUAGAGGGUCCGAAGCGCUUGAUCAGAGCAGAUACGCUCUGUGCAUCCCAAUUAUUCUUAGUGGAAGUCCACACGAAAGCUGACUAAUGCGUCAUAGCUCCUCUUGUCGCCCGCAAUAACCAAGGUUUUAUAUGAUUUUUCUUUUUUUUUUUUCAUUUCCAGGAGUUGAUCACAGUCACCCAGACCUGAAAAACAACUACGUGAGUUUUUCCAACAACAUUGAAACUUAAAUAUUUCACAAGCGUAUUAGUUGAAUUCAGAUUUCCUAAUGGUUUACACUCGAAAAUAAAAAUAAAGAACAUCGCAAAAGUUUGAACCCUAGCUUAGCUGUCUCAAAUAGCGUGAACGAGUCUCUUUGAUUAGACUUGAGGCACUUUAUAGCUAUUCUGGCCUCAAAAGGCUUGGAAAUGACCGUGAAACCCCUCAUAUAGACCAAGUUAUACUUAAAGAAUAAGGAGGUUUUGACACGGCAUCACUUCGCUCUGUAAUAGAAAGUUCGGUAAUACAAAUUCAGAGAGGAUGUUUCGGCCUUAGGCAGUAAUAUUAGUAUAGGUAAUAGCAUGAUUUGUAGUGAUAUUUGGCAUAAAUACCACGAGGGAUAUUUUAAAAUUGUUAAACGUAAUUUUACGAGCCGUUAGGCGAGUGAAAUUUGAGACAAUUUUAAAACAUCAGGAGUGGUAUUUAUGCCAAAUAUCACGUACAAAUCAUGGUAUUAUUUGUUUAUACUACUACCCGCAAAAGGUUUGUUAUUUUCCCAUUUAGGUAUUUCAAAUUAAGCUGAAAUACCACUGCUCUAGGCCAAUCAAAUUGCAGAAAUUUCUCAUGUAGUAGUAUAAACCCUUGAAAUAUGAACCCUUACCCAAACGAAGACAUGGCUGGUUUGCCAUUUGCAAACCGUUUCUAAAAAAACCCUUUAGAAAGUAAAUGGAACACGACAAAGUUUUAGGGUUAGUUCCAGUGAAAAAUUUCCCGGAGCAAUAGAGCGUCUGAAAAGUAUUCCUUUUCUCGCCGGACGGAAUGUACAAACGGAAAUUCUUGUUCCAUUUCUUCAAACUCAUCAUUGAUACCAGUUUCAGGUUUUCGCGGCUUUUUCUCAUUUGCGCCAUUACUACAAUGAAAUUUACCAGUCCUUGAUCACCAUCUGCCCACACCGCCAAGCUACCGGUUUACCUUAGUAAAUGGUAAAUAAGCAAAAUUAAAAAAAACAUUUUUUCACUUUUAUCGGUGACAACAUGCUACGUUGAAAUUUAUCGCGUCAUGUUUUCAAUCCAUUGUCUAUAGGAUGCUGACGCAAGUUUUGACUUCAAUGACUUUGAUGGGGAUCCAAGACCACGUGACGAUAACCUGGAAAACUGGUAAAAAAUACAGUGAAAUGUAGGUUGUAAGAAAUUUUCCGGAACUAAUCUUACAAUUGAUUCCUGUUUGAUUGACCUACCGUAUAUUUCUGUAGUCAUGGCACAAAGUGCGCAGGAGAGGUAGCAGCCCAAGCGGAUAAUGGCAUCUGCGGAGUGGGAGUGUCUUUCAAUGCAAGCAUUGGAGGUGAAAUCAUUUUAUAUUAAUGCAUUACAAAUCAAAGAGUGGUGUUUUAUGCAAACUGCUUACAUUCUCCUAUUUUGCCGCUUUAAAAAAGAUCAUCGAGAUCGAGCCAUUACAGUAAUGUGCCGCCAUCCUAAGUUAAAAAAUACCGAGGAUCUGGAUGUCACGAUAUAUAGCGGAGAGAGAGAUUUGAUUCCCUUCCCCAUGGUACACUGAUUUGAAAUUUCCGCUCCUUAGGCCAUCCCAACAAAAUGGUUCGUUUCCCAUCGCCCAGUCUCUUGUGAUGGUGGGUCGAAGGGGUCUGAAGGGGUCUGGGUUCCAGAGAAGGCAGGGCUGCUAAGUAAGAAAGCCUGGUUACAAAGUCAACCCGAAAACGUGGUCUUUUUUACUAUCAAAUGUCUAAACAGCCUUUAAAAAACGUAGUAUCGAUGUUAAUUAAAGACAAAGACAUCACAUCAUAUAAAUUGUUGUUAAUAAAAGAAGAUCGUGUGCUUGUAAAUUAAAGUACUUGCUUCUUUGACUAGUGAGUCUAGAAUUUUUUUUUUACUUUUCGAAACAAUGGGUCGGUCGGGCGAUGGGAAACAAAACAUUUUCUUGGAAUGGCCUUACAAUGAGCACUCUAUCUCGGUACGCAAAAAUAGGUGGCUAUAACUAGUCUAGUCUACGUCUUGAACACAGUCAGAUUUUUUUCCUUUAAACUUACUUGCAUACCCUUAUAGCGUCCGUUUUUCAAAGAAAAAUCAUUCAUGACUUCAACUUCAGCACCGUCGCACACUAGCUUAAAAGCCCUUAAGUUUAAGUCACACGACGUCAUAAAAUAACCAAUUAAAACGCAAGAAACUCUGGUUAGAUUCUCCGCGUAAUAGAAAUUAGAAUUUUCUCUCAAUCAGCAGAAACCUGCUCAAACUUUUGCCCUAAUAAUGAUAAUUUUUAAUCUGUAAUGAAUUCUUUUAAAAGGUAUUCGUAUGUUAGAUGGCAAAGCUACCGACACAAUUGAGGGGAGUUCCCUUAGCUAUCGCGCCGACUACAUCGACAUCUAUAGCUGCUGUUGGGGCCCAAAAGAUGAUGGAACGAGAUUUGGAAAACCUGGUUACCUGGCUGGCAAAGCGCUUCAAAUUGGUGCUGAGCGGGUAAUAAUUCAAUUUUGUGAAUUGCGUGAAAACCGUGUGACUGCAUGGUGUGUAGUCUGAAACUGAUUGUCAUCCGUCCCUUGCCCCCCCACCUCUUCAACGGGCGGCAAGGGAGUGGCGCGAGGAGAUGGGCAACAUUUCAGACUACUUAGUGUCUUUUCCAUAUCCCACUUUAGCGAGGCAGAAAAAUUUGGUUUAUUUUCCCAUAGGUACCGUUUUGAGGUUACUGUAUGUUACUGAAACUUAACCCCUUUAUCCUCUCUUGGACAUAAAUGAUAUACGAACUAAUGAAGUUCUCUUCGCUCUUGUCUUUCCCUUGCCUAUGUUCUCUGAAUUUCCUAGAGCUAGUUUAGUGCAUGAAAUAAACGAAAGUGAUUGGACAAAGGUUAUAUUUUACUGUUGCAAUAUUGAUAUGAAAAUUACCCUUUUGCCGUGGUGAUUCACUUUGACGCAGGAAUCGGUGGCGUUUGAAAUGUCAGCUUUUCAUCAUUGCUGUGAUGGUCUGUUGUGUCGCAUUGCCAGCCUUGCAAUAAGUUUGUGUUAAUCUACGUUACGAGCAUCUCAUGAUCCAGCAGAGUUUAUUAAUUCUCUGUCGUGUGUAUUUUGUAGGUAAAAUCUGUCCUCAAACGAGAACUUCUUUCAUCUCUUUAGAAUAAUAAUUUGGCUGGGAAACAAACAAAUUCUAGAUCAAACUAGGGUGAACGCCACAUACAUGUGUUAACCUGAGAACAAUAAAGCGUUUUAUAUUAUUUUGGAGUAUUAUGACAUUCGCUGAAGACCUCCAAAUUGCCGGGAAAGGUAGAUCGCCUUGUUUACCAAAUUCAGCAUUCCAGCAUUACAAAACUGAAAAGAAGAUCUUUAGAUCCGUUUUGCACCAUUGUUUAUUUCCUGGUUCAACAACUCAUUCAAAAUCAUCGCAAACUAAGAAAACGUGCUGAGUACCCUUUAUUUUUCUCCAGGGUCGUGGAGGUAAAGGUAACAUUUAUGUGUGGGCAACUGGCAAUGGAGGACUAACAGAUGACGACUGUAACUGCGAUGGAUACACUACCAGUAUAUACACCAUAUCAAUUGGCGCCAUUAGUGACCAUGGUCUUUCUACGUAUUAUACAGAGACAUGCGCAUCCACCUUGGCCGUCACAUUCUCUGGAGGAUCACAUAGAGAGACAGUAGAGAACAAAGUUGUAAGUUCUUUAGGUUUUCAAUUCACCGUUGGCAAUGAUCUAGCAGAGUUUUUUCUCUCAGUCGUGUUUAUCCCCGUAAUAACACAUUACAGAGUAACUAACUGUUAAUACAUUUAUCCAUUACAAAAUAAAAUCGCCCGAUGUUUGCAAGUGAUGACCAUGUAAAACCUCUCUCGUACCCAGACGUCUCUGGCUAAAAAUUUGCGCGAAAAGGAAGGCGGGAAGGAAAAGAUGUUCCUCAAUAAAAUUCGUCGAAAGGCCCUUGGACACGUUUUGAAGUUUACACAACGUAGUAUUCCUUACCAUUUUGGUUUCGAGAACUGACUAUAGUGAUUUGGGCUGAGCAUUGACUCGAAAAGGUUAGCUUCUAUUUAGGGUUAGAGUUGUUUAAAUCAAACCAAUCCACGACGGGUAAUCCUCAGUGGCGUAGUGGUGUAGGUGAUGGACUGCAGACACUACGCUCCAGGUUCGAUUCUUACUUGCGGUGGUUAGCUCGAAAGCUAAGCUCCUCUGACCACCGUACACUUCUAACCAAGCCAUUAUUUUUUUUCCUUCUUCUUCUCCUUUAUAAGUGUAUUCCUACCUUACUAUAUAUAUUGUAUUGAACACCAACAUGGCCGCCUUACCACGUGGUUGCAAACCAAGAAUAACAAAUUUUGCAUAACACCAAAAAGAAAACAAGAUCGGUAUUCAUAACUCAAGGCUGGACUGAAGCAAGCAUCAUAACAUAGCCGCUAUUUGUCAUUUAAUGUUCUGGAGAUUUUAUUUGCUCCAUUUGCGCUAUUUGACGUCUGUUCUGUUUUAGGUGACCACGGAUCUACAUCACAAAUGCACUGAAGUCUUCAAAGGCACAUCUUCCGCAGCCCCACUGGCUGCAGGAAUGCUGGCUCUUGUACUAGAAGCGAAGUACGUACAUAUCGUCAAAAUACCGUAAUCAAAAUAAUGAUUUACUUGAUCUUCUGAGGCCAUAUAGACUGGUCAACAGUUUUUAUGAACUAGCUGGCAUUUUACCUUAAGGCCCCCAAGUCAACGCAAAUUUAAAUGUAUUUGUAUUGAUAUAAACUUGGCUAAUUUCAUAACGACGUUAUUUUGCUACUACGACCAGAAUCCUUCAGAAUACGUUCCUGUGCGGAAAUUAUGGUUUUUGUUAUUCUAACCUUGCUGUGAUUACCAAAUUGUGGUAUAAUUAGAAAAAAAGAAAAAGGAUUCUUGUCAUAGUAGUAAAAUGACACUAUCGUGCAAAUGGCCUUCGGUCUCCUUUUGGCACGGCAUUCAAUUUGAUUUCAAGUCAGAUUUUAUCAGCUGCUUGCGAUUUCUUAUCGUGUUAUUACUCUUACCACCAGUAAGUGGCUGGACUAACAGUAAUCAUCUUACAGAGCUAAAUGAAGUGUGAGGAAUAUAUCUACUCUACUGCAACGUCUAUGUGCUGAAAAAAAAAGACAAAAAAAAAAACGUUGCAGAAGCGAUCAGUAAUGGUUCGCCUUUUAUACGACAAAAAAAAUCAGGAUCCAAUUGGACCGCACUGCACGUCGUGCAGUAGCAUCUCAGCAGCGUCCACUGAAGUCCGCUGGAUGAGGGAUGGAAGACCAACGGCGCAGGUAAACGGUACAACCACAAGUUUGGUUUUGGAAGGUUAGACGUUAGCAAAAUGGUAAACAAGGCUCUUACAUGGAAGAACGUGGAGAAACAAAAAAUAUGUCAUGGAGCUGAGCACAGCAAAAAAAGGUUUGUGAAAAGUAAUGUGACAUUCCCUUGUUCAGUCCCAUGAUUGUAAUUUGCAAUUAGUAUUCUUCCAUGAGUUGACCCUCAUUUAAAAUGUGUAUUUCCGCAGUUCACUUCAUCUUCAUGUUUCAUUCCUCAGUUUCACGGGUUAAGAUGGACUCAACAAAUUUGUAUGGGUCUUCAUAGCUCAAAUGGAGUGCACUUCAGCGCUAACGCCGAGACCGCUGCGACGAUCAUAUCUUCAUUUAAAAUUUGGAUUUCCGCAGUUCACAUCAUCAUCAAAAAUAUAAUUGUCGCUCACUAGCAAUAGGUUUAGCUCAUGUGAACGACGACGUUUUACCCGAGCCUUUGAGAGCAUGCGCAUAAAUAACUAGAAGUAAUAUCCUGAAUGCAAGCUAACGCUAAGUCAUGAGUCAACCUUUCAUUGAAUCUCAUCGUCUAAUCCUCAUCGAACACAUACAUCUGUGUGUUUAUUUUAAACGAUCUACUUUAACAGGUACAUUCCAUCAUCUGGGAGUCUGAUUCUAUCAGCAAACACCUCAGCAUGUUCAGGCACGUCCUCAGAAAUACGAAGGGUAGAACACGUGCAGCUAAACGUUACAUUGCAACACCGUCACCGAGGGGAUUUAAGCAUUACCCUCAUCUCACCAUCCGGGACAAGAAGCCAGCUUUUGACUACCAGGCGGAAUGACCACUCGGCCAGAGGAAUCAAGGUAGCUAAAAAAUAAAAAUAAUAAUAAUAAUAAUUCUGUUACUUACCCUCGGCAGUAUUUUAGCACUUAUGCUAGUGGGGCCGAGCAAAUGCCUGAAACAAACAAUUCAAAUUGAACUUAACAGGGUUAAGAAUCCCAACUGGCCGGAGGCGAACCAGUUGGCUAUUUACAAGCGUGACCGAGGAUUUGAAGUCGGGACUACCGUGAACAAAUCCAGCAAGCGGUGGGCGGGACUUGAACUCGGGACCUGCAAAUUGCAAUUCCAGCGUUCUAACCACUCGGCCAUGCUGCCUUCUAUAUCAGUUGAAUACUCUUCAGACCUAUUUUCUGACGUAUCAUAUUGGUAACACAACCUUUGUUUUAAAAGGUAUAUGAGAUGAUGAAAAAUACUUUUUUGGUCGCCCUGUUAUAAUAGACAAUGAUCUUACAAUAAUUUAAUAAUUUUUGAAAUCACACUCGUUUUGAUCGUUCCACUACAGUAGCAGGUAGAAAAGUGUGUUUUACGUUUCUUAUCAAUUUAUGUCGCUCGUGCUUUUUUGAAACUUUUGUUAACAAAAUUCUUUGCUGACCUAGAAUUGAAUAUGAUCCAUGGUUGAAAUUACCACGUGUGACUACAUAUCCAAAACACGAAAAUUUUUUCAACUAAAGCCCCUUAAUUAAAACUUCUCGUAAGCGACUAGAGUUUGGGGGCCGUGACGAUUUUAUAACUUUCCACUGUGAUUAAUAACUUCUGUCAAGCGAACAUUUAACACAUGGUCUGAUCUUGAAGUCCGCAGUACGCCACGUUCACUGACAUGGCACUAAACUCAGUCGUAACUUAGAAAUUGUAUGAAGUAAUUCCUCUUCGGCAGAUAAUUAACACCUGAACUACUGGACGACGUUGAGCAAAAUCUCGUGCUUUGUCAGUGGUGAGCAGAUCGGUUAUAUCAAUUAUAGAAAAGGUCAGCGAAGCGAGCUGCCAUUUUCAAACAGGAGCGAUUGCAAGAAAGAGAAAAGCGUGGUUUCAUUAACGCAUGAGCAGAAUAUUAUUUGCAGCCAAAUACAGUUGGACGACAUUGCGCAUGAGCAGACCAUUAUUUGUGGGAAUUAUUUCCAGAUCACAUGAUGGGCUCUCGGCCAAUGAAAAGGAAGAAAAAUUUGCAUCAACUGAUAAGUACAUCUAUUAGACCUGUAUGUUCCUAAAAGAGACCCCCCUGCAAUUCGACUAUCAUAAGGGACCACCUCCCAACAGCUGCUUCUUAACCUUGGUAUUUUGGAUAGUCUCUGAGAGAAUAUUCGACUGUCAAGUAUUUCAAUGCUAUAUUAUUAAACUAAAAACUGGCUUUCUUCACAUUUUCAGAAUUGGCUUUUUAUGACUGUACAUUGCUGGGGUGAAGAUCCUAGAGGACCGUGGACUGUAAUUGUUACUGACAAUGACAAUAAUAACCGUCAACAUUAUCUGGAGAAGCACACACAAGCAGACGAGGAAGAUGUAACCAGAGUAUUAAUGGACGAGACAGAAGAACAUCGGCUAAGGGGAGAAUCUCAGCGGGAGGCCAUAAAUGGUCAUGCGCAGGAUCAUGUCUUGAAAACGAUGGAAGACACCGCUGAGAAGAUUUUCAACGGACCUGGAUUUUCGAAGUACCUCCAGAGAAAGAAAUCUCAGCAUGAAAGUAAUAAACUUCCAGCGAUAAAAAUAAAACAGAAUGGGUUGGUAAGACAUCAUAAAAAGAAAAAAGAAAUUCAUUCGGCCAGUUUGAAGAACCAUUAUUGGAAAAAUAGACCAAGUAACAUCAGAAAAGUGGGUAAAGCAAAGCAAAAUAGUGCAGUUGUUUCGAGGAAAAAAACUCCUAAAAAUUCAAUGUCAAUCAAACAUUACAAACACUGGUCGAAAAAGAGGAAACCUGCAAGGAAAACAGUGAAACAUGAAAAGUCAAACGUCACUUUAAGGGAAAAACUUCAGGAUGGUAAGACGGUUAUGACAAGUCAACAAAAUUCAGAAGAAAAACAGAACGCGGCUUCAGCUGUGGUCCCUUUUCUCGUCAAGACUUUGAGCAAAUCAAAUGCCUCAAUGUUAAAGGUGAUGAACACAUCUGAGAAUGCAAAGGUUCUUGAUCUUAUCACAAAGCUAGUAUUAGAAAUUCAGAAAAAUCCAUUAGUGACUAAAAUUGCUAUGGAAGCAUUGAAAAAUCCUUCUAUUGGUGAACUAUUUGGAAUUGAUCCUUCUCAAAAACUAGCCGAAACAUUCCACGAAAGUUUAUCAUCAAGAAGGGAUGGGAAACAAAUCAAAGGAUUUAAGAACUCGACAAGCGCACUUAGGUCGUCUUUAAACAAUGGUAAUCAGAUUGACACACGGAAAGCAAAAUUAGACAAAAUUCUCAAUGGCGCAAAAAAAGAAAGCAGUUACACAAGUCCAAAUGAAAAGCUGGAAUAUUUCGAAUCAAGCAGAGCUAAGAGUCCAAUCAAACCCGGAAAAAUUCAGUUUUUUAAAAUACUAAAAAAAACUGGAGAAAAAGUCGCUAGUGGCGGUGAAAACUCAGGAAGUGGAGGUUUUAUCGACUCUGGAAGUGGAGAAAACCUUCAAGGAAGCGGAUCUGGAAAUGUCAAAGGCUGGCAUUUAGAGAAUUCACAACUGUUGGAAAGUAGAAAAACAAAAAUAGAAGAUGCUUCCGGGUUGUUUGGCUCUGGUGAAACAGCUAGAGAAAUAUCAGAGGUGUCUGAAAAGGAGGAAAAUUUAUCUUCAGAAACUGGCGGAGAUGAAGGCGACAACCAAUACGAAGAUGGAGAUGGGGAAAAUUUCUUUGAAAAUAUGAAAAAGGCUUUUGAAAGUGAAGAGGAAGGUGAUUUGGGUCCAGAAUUUGGACUUAGUUCGGAUAGCGUCAAUGAAUAUUACACAGGUCUUUGCAGAAACAUCUCAGCUUUUCCAAAAAAUGGUUCAUCUAUCACUCGAAGACUUCAUUGCUCAGAAAAUCAUACGCGCAACACUGAAAGAGACCAGGAGGACAAAACGUUAGCACAUUAUCUUGCGGUUGACAAGUUAAAGUCAACUUCAGGGGGCAGUGUUUUGGAAAGCUUUGAAGAUCAAGAUGACAGUUCUUUGCAAUCAUCGUCUCUUAGAGAAGAUAAAAAUCCAAACGGUGAUCAGCAGGAGUAUGCGGACUCUAGAUAUAGUGGCAAAGAUUUAGAGGUCCUUCAGAAAGCUUUGGAAGAACAGUUGUCUCGUUUAUCCAAGGAUCCGGAAUCUAAAAAAUCAAACGCAGAUUUUUUAGCCCGUGUUCGGGACGAUAUCAAUCAUGCUGAUAUAAAUGACUUAGAGCUUUUAGAAGCUCAGAUCGCAGAUGGAAAGACUGAUAUUUCUAGAGUUGCCAGGAGCCUUUCUCCAGAAGAUGAAGAUAUUGAUGUGGAGGACUAUUCGGACACUCCACUGGCAUCAUAUCCAGAAAUUACUGAAAUCAGUGAAGAUAAGGACGAGUUAGAACGGAGUAGAAUAUCGCGUCAAUUUCAGAAACAUAAGUCGUCUCAAACGUACUAUGUGGACCCGGAGAAAUAUGGAAAGGACAAUUCGGGCAUACUAGAGUCUUGGACGUUAAUCCUGUAUGGAACUAAAUAG